AUGCCCAGUAUUCAACCAGCAAAGCGGCGCAAGGUGAGCGACGAAGCCUUGGAUCUCUCCGUCGACGAAAUCGAUGUCACGGCAGAAACGCUUGUCGCCAUUGCGCAAUCUACCGCGCUACAGCGUUCAAAACAGGUCAAGCCCAUCAAGGCUGCCAUACACAGCUAUCUGCGUGCUACAGGAGCAGGCGCAUCAAGCUCACUCACGCAACGUAUCUCUGAAGCACUUGCAGAUGCGAGGUGGGUCGAUGCGCGCUGUCUCUUGGCAGAGUUCAAGAUUCGGGGUGAAAAGGCGAAGCUAGGUACAUUGCAGCGCUGGGUACGUGAUGUAGACGCGGCUGAUGCUGGCGCUGGUGUGGAUCAGCAGGUUUUCAUGACCCUCGAUGCAAUACUCAGAGCGACUGCUGGGGCAGAGGACAAUGAUCCGCUUCAUCAAUGUCCAAAUGUCUCCUUCCAGCCGGUCUCGGGACUUGACGUGCGACAGUCUGUGUUAGACGGCACCAUCUUCGAAGGCCGGCAGGAAGAGCUUGCAAAGAACUUUGCAGUCGUCGAGGUGACGCCUGCACUUGAGCGAAAGCCGCCAAAUCAGUAUGACGCAGUCAUCUACACUUCACUGAAGCCGCUUGUCAGUGGACUGCAUGCGAAAACUGUCAGGCACAAUGUGGAUUCGGUACCUGGCGCUUUCGUCUUACAAAACCUCCUGACGCACGACGAAUGCCGUGCGAUCGUUCGCGGUGGCGAGUCCGUCGGCUUCUCACCUGAUCUGGCCAUUGCUGGCAGUGCGACACAGCAGGUCAGUAUCUUGGCGCACAAUUUCUACUAUUUUGCCGAUCAAAAUACAUUGGAAGCAAUCUACCAGCGCGCUCUACCUUUUCUACCGGCCGUCCUCGAGGGCUGCCAGGUGCGCGGACUCAAUGCGCGUUUCCGUGUGUAUCGCUAUGUCCCUGGCGCUGUCUAUCGUCCCCAUAUCGAUGGUGCUUGGGCACGUUCGGGGUUGGACUUGACAAAGCCUGAAGGCGAGCAAUAUUUGUUGAAUGACACGCGUGACGGUGCACAGCUUUCGAGGCUGACCUUUCUCAUUUACCUUAAUGAUGACUUUGAAGAAGGCUACACCACCUUUUUCGUGCCUGGUCACAAGCUCAAUUGCGUUCGUGUUGAGCCACGGAUGGGUAGCGUCUUGGUCUUCCCUCACGGUGAAAGUCUGAAUGCACUGCUGCAUGAAGGAAGUGGCGUGCAGAAGGGUGCCAAGUAUGUCAUUCGAACAGAUGUCCUCUACGAUCUUGGCAAUUCAAAAAAGUAG